AUAUGUUGUUGAUUUGUAGCGUUUAUUUUGGUUAACAUUGGUAAAAUGUUUCUUCUGGUUGUGUCCAUUAUUUUUAACAUGACUUAUCAAAGACAAGAAUAUCAGCCAAACACAUCAGUCCAACUUGAUAACAUUGUGUUGUUGCCACUAAAAGUGAGAGCCCAUAAAAAAGAAAAGGUUUGUUUUGUGGUUGGAAGGUGAUAGCUAACAAAAAAAGAAGCUUAGCAGCCAAUUUGAGGCUACAGUUUUCUCUGCGUGACGCAUGUGUUUCUAUGCGUGUUGCUCCACUUAGACAGCGUUUCAAAGUAGACACAGAUAAUAAAAAAAAACUCAUCCCUGACAUGAGCAUGACCUUGGGCACAGUGACAUCCCCUUGCGCCGUCCUCUGAUUGGUCGGCCGGCGGCACAGCCUACCCCUCGCACCACUGACAGUUGCCCACAGACUCUCCCGGGCAUCUGCAUGUGUGGAGCAGCGUGUGCAAACAAUGAGGCAUGUGCUGGUGUUGGUACAGAGGAGGCUGUACAGUCAGUGACAAUAGAAAAUGUUUUCAACAUGGGAGAUGUGUGUGAUCAGUCUGCUGGUGCACACAGAGUCGGACUGCAGCCUCAUGCGACCCCUGACCUCGCCUCAGUCUACAUGAGUUUUGGACUGUACAGUUCUUUUAGUAUAAAACUGAAUGGUCUUGGUCACAUGGCAUGUCAUGUGAUCACAUCUUGAAGCCACCAGGGGUAUUUAACGCCAUCGGUGCACUGUCAGUACUCUUUAGUCUGAUGGAGGCAACGUUACACUUUAGACUACUGCUCUCUUCUUGGGUUUUUUUUUUGUUCAAAUGAUCGAUCUAUCUUUUGACAAUUUGCUUUACUUACACUCUUCAAAAUUAAAGAUUUACAUUUGUAACUGAAGUCUAGAGGAGUUCUACAUGGAUACGCAUCUAUUUCGGUUAUUUUCUCAAAAUUCCAACUUUUUUUUCUCUCAUUAUCUUAGGAUAGCAAUUCGUAUUUUUCCAUGAUACGAUUUAAUUUCAGCUGGGUUUUUUUUGUGAUUUCAAGGACUUGGCUCAUUAUCACAGAAAAACUGGAGUUGUUCUCCUGAGAUAAAUAAGUCAAGAUCAAGAAAACACCCCAAAAAAUGCCUCCUCCUCUCAGGAAAAUGGAGUAAAAUGGAUGUUUGCCCACUUAGCCCUUCCAUUUAGAUCAGAUUUUCUACAUGUUUUAAUUGUUCUUAGUUACAUCUCUUCUCUGGGGGUCCUGCUUUAGCCUUUAUGGUCAUUGCUGUUGCUUCACGUGUGUCUUUCUAGUUGCAUUUGUGUGUGUAUAUUGGGGGAGUUGCAAGUCUGCUUACAACCGUGCUCAAAGAGGGUGGGGUCUGAGUGAACUCCAUCUGUCCUCAUUGGUUAGCAGAGGCCCUCCCUCCUCCCUUUUAAAAGCCUGCUUUCUCACCUGAAGUUACAAAAGAGCUGCAGCCCCUCACCCUCUCACUCAUCUAUCAUCUUGAUUUUACUAAAAGAAAAACUUUAAUUUAAAAAAAAAAGAAAGAACAUAAAGGAUCAAUCCAGGAACUUCUUUAAGGAACUGUAGAUAAAGUGUUUUCGUAGGCAACAAAAGUCUUUGGAGAAGUUGAGGAAGAAGCAUCAUCCCCUAUUGAGCUGACAUCCCGAAAAAAACAUCUCUGCCUUUCAUACUGCCGAGCGCCACCAUGCCGGGAGUCGUGGAUCGUAUGGAGCUGAGGAAAGUCCCCACAGAGGCUGAUGAUGACAGCAUGGACAGCCUUGACGACCGCUACACAGAGCCCAUUGACUCGGAGAAGGCCACCAUUGACAGUCAGUUUUUGGAUGAUAACGAGGACGGGGAAAGUCAGAAGUUUCUGGCAAACGGGAUGAUGAAGAAGAAGAAAUACGAGGAAUACCAUGAAGAAUAUCAUCCCGGUCACACCUCCUUCGGGAUGUCCGUCUUCAACUUGAGUAACGCCAUCAUGGGCAGCGGCAUCCUGGGCCUGUCCUACGCCAUGGCUAACACCGGCAUUGUUCUCUUUACAAUCCUCCUCAUCGGUGUGGCCAUCCUGUCCUUAUAUUCGGUACAUCUGCUCCUUGUCACCGCCAAAGAAGGAGGAUCCCUCAUUUAUGAAAAGCUGGGGGAGAGAGCAUUCGGUUGGCCCGGCAAAAUAGCAGCUUUCGGAUCCAUUAUCAUGCAGAAUAUUGGAGCCAUGUCCAGCUACCUCUUUAUCGUCAAGUACGAGCUCCCCGAGGUGAUCCGAGCCUUCUUGGGCUUAGAAGAAAUCUCUGGUGAAUGGUACAUGGAUGGAAACUACCUGGUGGUGUUUGUGUCGAUUGGAAUCAUCCUGCCUUUGUCUCUCCUGAAAAAUCUGGGCUACCUGGGCUACACCAGCGGCUUCUCCCUGUCCUGCAUGGUCUUCUUCCUGGGUGUGGUGAUAUACAAGAAGACCCAGCUGCCCUGCCCUCUCCCGUUCUUGACCCAACACACGUCAAACCUCAGCAUGAACGCCUCAGACAUGUCGGCGUUGUACCCGCCGGCGAACAGCUCGGCACAGAUGGACUUCUCCCGGGCGGACGUUUCCCCGGCGGUCGGCGGCGGCAAUGACGCUCCUCACUCCGGCAGCGUCCACUACGAGCCGCACGCCGACGACAAGGAGCAGUGCACGCCCAAAUACUUUGUCUUCAACUCACAGACCGCAUACACCGUGCCAAUCCUGGCCUUUGCUUUUGUGUGCCACCCCGAGGUCCUGCCCAUCUACAGCGAGCUGAAAGAUCGCACGAGGAAAAGGAUGCAGAACGUCUCCAACCUGUCGAUCUUGACCAUGCUCAUCAUGUACAUGCUGUCGGCGCUGUUCGGCUACCUCACCUUUUACGAAAACGUAGAGGCAGAGCUGCUCCACACCUUCACCAAGGUGUACAAGUUCGACACCAUGUUGCUGCUGGUGCGUUUGGCUGUCCUCACCGCCGUCACCCUGACUGUCCCCAUCGUGCUGUUCCCUAUCCGCUCCUCCAUCAACACGCUGCUGUUCAGCGGGCGAGAGUUCAGCUGGACUCGGCACAUACUGAUCGCCGCCAUCAUCCUGGCCUUCAACAACAUGCUGGUCAUCUUCGUCCCCACCAUCAGAGACAUCUUCGGCUUCAUCGGUUCCUCUGCAGCCACUAUGCUCAUCUUUAUCCUACCGGCUGCCUUUUACAUCCGCCUGGUGAAAUCUGUGCCGUUCCGCUCCCCGCAGAAGAUUGGGGCGUUCAUUUUCCUAGUCGUGGGAAUCGUCUUCAUGAUUGGCAGCUUGUCACUCAUCGUCCUCGACUGGAUCCACAACCCCCCCGGCUCCAGCGGGGGACACUAAACCCCCUUUCUUCCCUCGUCAAAAUUUCAGAGUGCAGCAAAACCCUCUUCAGCCACCGACCUGCUACGUCUCUUCUGGUUUUUUCUCAAACACCAGGGAACACUGCCCAUCAGCGGUUCACUUCCUCAAAUCACAAAGUUGAGCGUAAUAGCUUAACAUAUACAGGAACCAUGUUUUGCUGCACUGGGUUCAGUUUUUCCCCCCAAAGAGCAGGAGACUUUUUUUUUGCCCAGUUGUAUUUUGUUUUUCUUUUUUUUUUUUUGCUGUAAAGUUUUGGAUGCGACACGACAGAAACGAGAGAUUCAAAACCCGGAGAUGGGUAGAAACAAACUCUGGUUUUAAGUGCCUCAGAGAGACAUCCUGAAAUCACCGCCACCAUCAUGAUCUUUCCCAGUAAAUGAAGAGACAGAACAAAACACAAACUAUGCAGCCGUCACCUGAAGCAGAUCUGUGAGCUGCUGCACCCCGCAAGGCUGGAAAGACGAUGCGAGGUUCCUCAGUCCUCUGCGCACUUGAAGAAGACAUUUUGAGGUCGGAGUGUGUCAUCCUCCAUGAAACAAGCAGCACUUCUUUUAUCACGUUACACUUUGUGUGUAGAGUGAACACACAGUUACAAACACAAACGUAGACGGUAAAACAUCCCUACACCUGUGUUUUCCAAGCAACUAUCCGUAAAAAAAUUGUCACGCAGUCAUCUCAAAACAACCGUCAACCAGCAACACUGAAAAACAAGUGGACAUUUAAUACAGGAACGUUUGGUUUAUUUUGCUGCUCUGCUGCACACUAACAAUCAGAAGCUUUGCCGAAGUCUACAUGCACAUACAAUUUCAGCUUGAUCUGGUGGAUAGAGAGCCACAGCUUCCUCGCCGUCUGUAUUUUUUUCCCAGCGCUGUACAAGAAGCAAGGAGAUGCUUCCAGUAUUUCUGUUACAGAGGGAUGUAAACAUUAACGGUAUUAAUGUACAUAUUGAAGAAUUAGGUUGUUGUUGUACAUAAUAUCCUUACUCGCCCUCAAACCAGACCCGUCAGGUUGUAUGAAGUACAAUCUCCCAACAGUCUCAAGACACGUUUAGACUGCGAUAGGGACAAAUAAAAAGGUGGUUAUUUUUCCAAGUCAUUGGCAAAUAUAUGAGUUUGAGUCAAACACUUGAGCAAAACAACAAAUGAGAAUCAGUUCAAAAUGCCUCAUUGCAGAAAAACGUGUUCAACGUUGUGCCAUGCUAUUUUCACCCGAGGAUUAAUUCCCCCGCCCCCUCUCUCCAAAACGUAAGACAGUUGAAAUUGAGUUAACUAUUGAGAUAAAAUGUUUCAACUCCUUAGAUGGUUAAUUGAUGGCUUUGGCUUAGUACCAAAGUAGGCUAGCUGUUUCCCCCUUCUUUCAGGCAAUAUGCCAAAGCUAGCUUAGUUUCUAGACAUUAGCUAGCUCUGCCUUUAGCCAACACACAUGGGGAGUGGUGUCAAUCUUCUCAUUUAAAUCUCACCAACCUGUAAAAAGAGCCCCCCCCCAAAACAAAUAUGAAAGUUUUCCUAAAACUUUGUGAUUCGGACGAAAGAGUACAACACCUGUUAAGGCGUAAAGUCCCAACAGAGGACUUAUCGAUGCAGUAACUAUGGUAACUCACCGAGGAUAUAACCUAUUUUCAAAGUGCAAGUUGUGAACCGAGCUCAAACAUGUUUCUUAUAAUCUAAAUUCUUAGUAAAAUCUGAAAAUGGAUUGUAGAUGACUUUGAUUAGUUUUACUUAUUUGUAACAUUUGGUUUGUGUAGCUGAAGCAUAACACUCUUCCUUUAUAAUUGGCCUCUUAGGGGUGCCGGUGGCUUAGUGGUUAGUGCGGGCGCCCCAUGUACAGAGUCAUCAAAAACAGGUGGCACGGGAUCAAACUUAUCCACCAUCAUGUCUCUAAAUAAAAGCCCAGAAAUGAAUCUUAAAUGUAAUAAUAAUUGGCCUCUUAUAUCGGUGCCUUUGGUAAAAUCAACAUGAAAACCUCAUCUCUGCUCCGAUGCCGUUGUGUGUCACGGACACAUCCAGCCAAAGUGGACAACAUUAACUGAUCCUUUGCGGAUACAAAUAGAUAUUUCAAAUGAAAUAGUGUAAUAUGUGCAUGUUUUUGGAUUACAAACAUGGUCUUUUUGGACAUUUGUAUAUGCUCUGUAAAUAGUCUUUAUUUUAUGGUACACUGACACUCAUUGUGAGUGGGUUGUUUUGGGGGAUUCUGCUUUAUAAGUCUUCUGCAAUCCAGCGUUUGUUUUAGUAUAUAUAUAAAUAUAUAAAAUGUGUAUUAGGUUGUUGUUUUUUCCUCUUGCUGUAUGACAGUAGUUUAUUUUCUUUAUUUGAUGCUUGUAUAUUUGUAGAAAAUUUGAUCUCUAUAUAUCAUCUUUUACACGUUAUCUUGUCAUAUUAGGAUGAAUUAACCAACGGCAUACUUCAUAGCAGGGUUUCUGAAAAGUUUCUGAAACGAGGCAAAAAGUUUCUUUAGCUCAUUGGUUCUUAGUGACCGACACUCGACUGCUUUUAGUCCUAGGAGUAAACUGUAUUAACGUUAAAUGUUACCUGAAAACAGUUCGAUUACAUAAUUUUUUAAAAAAGCCAGACAAGAUCAUCUAAAUAAUGUCAUAACCACACUACAGGAGGGUUACCGGGGAAACCUUCUUAAGAAUUAGUUUUCAGGGGCUUGCGGCUCCUCUGCUACUUGUAGCGUAGCGUAUCACUAAUGCUCACUAACCGCCUGUCUUCACCAGCUCUGCUGCUGUACUGGGACAAUCGUAUACCGUUGUAGUUCACACCUUUCUGUGGCUCAUAAUGUAAAUCACUGCUGUGAAAGCGAACCUUUGAAACCCAGCUUUGGUGAAGUUAUACUUACACGACAUUACUUGAACUGAAGCUUUCCACGGCGUGAUGAAGCUUCAUGGACGAAGGGUCUCGACAGUACUCGCUAUGAAUGUUGAAUAAUUAAGAUCUUGCUUACUCUGAUGUAGGGUUGUCACGAUACCAGCAUUUUAAACUUCGAUACGACACUAGGUGAAAAAAAAAACCUGUUGUCAAUACCACGGCAAAGAAAAUAGAAGCCCUAGCCGCCCAAUGUUGGGGACCUUGUUGUUAUUUUAUUACCAAAAAUUGCAAGUAAAACUCAAACACACUGUCUAAACUGUGAAAAAGGAGACAGUGUUGUCACUUCUCAUCCAGCUGAAUCGACCUGUGAAUUUGAACAAACCCUCGCCGCUCUCUCUCUCCUUCUCUCGCGGCUCUUUAGGAUAAAAAAAAAAAUACACUUGAAAAUUUAGAGUUUUGUAAAGCUCUGAUACUGAACAUUCAAAUAACAGAGAUGGUAUCAUUUUAAAACGCGUGGUAUAGGAAAGUAUCAAAGGUUUGAAACGUUUUUUACAACCUUGCUCUCUUGAAAAUAUCUUCACAAAUGUUUGGCUGUAGCCUCCUACCGCUCCCCAACCCACAUUUCUUUUACCUUUUGGUUACUCAGGUAUUCAGUCUGGAUGGAUUUUCCUUCUCACUUCUGGUUCACUUUCAAGUAUCUCUACUUUUUUUUUGCAUGUUUGAGCCAAUCCAUACAUUACUGUUGUACAUUGUGCUGGUUGAGAUGAGAAGUCAUCUUGUUGAUAUUGUAAAAGUAGAAUGUCCCUCAGCUGAUUUCUAACAGUGUUUUUAAAAAAGGAACUGCGCAGAAACACCUGCCUUAUUUUUCUAUGGAGCGUCAGCCGUGGAGAAACCCUCGCUCAAUGUUGCUGUUGUUCAGUGUCACUGCUUCCUGUGGAUCAGGCUGAACGCUCAGAAAUGUAAUUUUCCCACACGAAGGGGAUGAUGUUGUUUUUUUUUGUAUCAGUGAUGAUGUUUCAUUAUGAUGAACAAUAAAUGUGAAAUAAAAAAGA